AAGUCGGUCUACGCCGUUGCUGGGGUGGCCUUCGGCACGAUUGUGCCUUCCCUGCGUCUCACAUACAUACCGCCCCCCUCACUCCAUUUUGUCAUCGCCAAACAACUUCUUGAGGUAAGGAAGAAGACAAGUAGGAGAAAGCAACCAUGUUCCACUUUCUGUUGCUGUUCCACCUCCUGUUCUUCGCACCUUCAUUGGCCUCCAUCGCCAUCCCUACCGACGCCUUACCGGGCUGUUCCGGCAAGUGCGGCAACGUGUCCAUUCCGUACCCCUUCGGCACCUCCUCCGGUUGCUACCUCAGCCAUGGAUUCUACGUCUCCUGCAACACCACCUACAACCCCCCCAAGUUGUUCCUUUCCACCACCGACAUCGAGGUCGCCGAGAUCUCCCAAGACGGCGUCACCAUCUACACCCCGAUCGCCCGCGACUGCUUCUCCGGCCUCGGCUUGGGCACCAACAUCAACAGCAUAUCGACCGACGUGACCGGCCUCCCCUACACCUUCUCCUACUCCCGCAACAUGUUCACGGCGCUCGGCUGCGACACCGUCGCCCUCAACUACCAGUCCAGCUUCUCCUUCUCCAGCGGCUGCCUCUCCUACUGCAGCGACAAGUCGAGCAUCGUCAACGGCUCGUGUGCCGGCAUCGGCUGCUGCCAGACCUCCAUUCCCAAGGGUCUCAAGAGUAUCUACACCAUUCUGAGGAGCGUGAAGAACCACAGCACCACAUGGACCUUCAGCCCCUGCAGCUACGCCUUCCUGGUGGACCGGGAGACAUUCGUCUUCAACUUGACGGACCUCGACGACUUCUACACCAAGAACAACGGCGUGGUGCCGGUGGUGAUGGACUGGGCGAUCGGGAGCCGGAGCUGCGAGGACGGGAGCGGGUCGCCGGACUUCUCGUGCGGCGACAACAGCCACUGCGUCAACUCCACCAAUGGUCGGGGCUAUCGCUGCAGCUGCAAUACUGGUUAUCGAGGGAAUCCUUAUCUAACCCGUGGUUGCCAAGAUAUAAACGAGUGCGAGGAUCCGGCGACCAAUCCCUGCGCUGCCAUCUGUGAGAACACGGCAGGAGGUUACAUCUGCUCUUGUCCGCGGGGAUUCUCUGGCGAUGGCAGGAGGAGCGGCAGCGGCUGCAUUAAGGACGCCAAGAGAUUUCCGCUCUUCCAAGUUGUGCUUGGUUGCGGACUGGGACUCCUUUUCCUGCUCAUCACUGGUUCUUGGCUGAUUUGGGGGCUGAAGAAGAGGCGGCAAAUGAGGCUCCAAGAGAAGUUCUUCGAGCAAAACGGAGGGCUGUUGCUGCAGCAGCGAAUCGCUUCCAGCGAGGGCGCUGCAGAGACCGCCAGGAUCUUCACAGCAGAGGAACUCGAACGGGCCACCGACAACUACAGCGAGAGCCGCGUGGUCGGAAGAGGCGGCUACGGCAUCGUGUACAAGGGAAUCCUACGGGACAACCGAGUGGUGGCCAUCAAGAAGUCCAGAGUCAUCGACGAGAGCCAGUUGGAGCAGUUCAUCAACGAGGUGGUCAUCCUCUCCCAAGUCAUCCACCGGAACGUGGUCAGAAUCCUGGGCUGCUGCUUGGAAACGCAGGUCCCCUUGCUGGUCUACGAGUACGUUCCCAACGGCAACCUUCACCACCAUGUCCACGGCCAGGGCCGCGCGUCGUCGCUCUCCUGGGAGACGCGCCUGAGGAUCGCGGCGGAGACCGCCGGGGCGCUUGCCUACCUCCACUCCGCCACCGCCAGGCCGAUCUUCCAUCGGGACGUCAAGUCCGCCAACAUCCUCCUCGACGAGAACCACAUGGCGAAGGUGUCCGACUUCGGAGCUUCGAGGCUGAUCCCCAUGGACAGGAUGCAGAUAACCACGUUGGUCCAAGGCACACUCGGCUACUUGGAUCCCGAGUACUUCCAGACCGGACAACUGACGGAGAAGAGCGACGUUUACAGCUUCGGCGUCGUCCUCGCGGAGCUCCUGACGGGGCUUUUGCCCAUCUCUCAAGCCAGACGGCAAGAAGAGCAGAACUUAGCCAUCUAUUUCCUCGUUCACAUGAGGGAAGACCGCCUGUUCGAGAUAUUGGAGCCUCGAGUACGCAACGAGGGAAGCCGAGAGCAGCUGCUCACGGUGGCCGAGCUGACCAGGAGAUGCCUUAGGCUGCGAGGGAACGAAAGGCCUACCAUGACGGAGGUGGCAGCGGAGCUCGAGCGGACAAGAAGGCAAAGGGAGCACCCAUGGCUGGAAAACGAGCACGGAGAGAGUCAGAGCUUGCUCAGGGAACCAGCAACCGUGUACUACACAAGUCCUAUCACCGGAGACGAAGACUUAGAUGCACAUAUCAUGCUCUCUCUGGAAAUGACCAGAGGAUGACGAAGACUCGAAGGUUGAUGAUGAUGAUGAUUGUCCAGCCAUCAGGACUUCCUUUUCCCUUUGACUCACUUUUGUAUCCAAAUCUGUUUGUGUCGCGAUCAUGCAGAACAUAAUAUGUCUUGUUUUAAGGCGAAGAACAGU